AUGGCACCCAUACCUCAAACUCUCGACGAUGAAAUAAAGGGACUUAUAGACAACUUAAACAGACGCCAAAAGGAUCUGGCUGAAUAUCAGGUCCCUCGGUUACGCGGAUGUAAGGGCCCAUUUUCCGAGCAGCAACGGUUCGCAGCUGAACUGAGAGAGGACUUGGAUGCAUUUGGGAAACAAAUCGAGACCCUCGAGGUCCGCGCUGAGGAUGUCGUAAGGAAGUCGGAUCGUGUUUCUGUGCUCCAGCUUGUUGAAGAGUUUCGCGAGUCCAGCCUAAAUAUACGGAGAGAUAUGCGCUCUGCGCUAUUACAUUCAAAGAAGACAAUUGACGCGCAAGCAAAGUCAAACCGGGAAGAACUUUUCAGAGCUGCAACUCCCGACUCACGAAAUGUCGAGGAGAAAGCGACUGAUGAUGCACUUAUGAAGGCUAGCAAUGACGUCACGGAGACAUUACGACGAACUAUUGGACUUAUGCAAGGGGAGCUGGAGCGCUCAGUGUUAUCAUAUCAGAUGCUCGAACAAAGCACUGCAACGCUCCGCGCAACCUCAACCCAGCACGACGUCCUCUCAUUUGCAACACACGCCUCAAAACAGCUCAUCACCGCACUGGAAAAGGCAGACUGGUUAGACCGCCUUUUGAUACUUGCCGCACUCGCGUUCUUCGUCCUUGUUGUUCUCUAUAUCCUCAAACAACGCAUACUGGAUCGAGGGAUUAGAAUUGCUUUUUGGUGGACACGAUUCCUGCCUAGUGCGAGGAAUACUGUUCGCGGUGUGGACUCGGAGAAGGCCGGAGUGAAGGUGAAAAGCGUGGUGCAGGAGGUUGUAUCGACUAUUACUGCUGCAGCCGUAGCACCUUCUGCGUCGGUGGCUAGCGUUGUUCAAGAUGCAUCAAGCAUAACUGAAUCCGCUAGCACAAUAACCGACAGCAUUCUGGAGCCUUUAUCGAGCUCACUAGGGAUUGUUCAAGACUCAGUCAUCGAAUCCGUUCGGGAUUCGAUAUCUUCGACCACUACUUCUGCGGCGGGAAGCGCUGUUACCGCAACACUUGAUGCUCUGACGGAGACAGUUGCCCACGCUGGUCGUGCAGAGUUAUGA